CGAGUAAAAGCGCAAUUGUGGAAGUCGUCACCGGUGGGACGUAGCUACAUGGAAUCUGUCGCCAAAGCGGUGACGUAAUGCCAUGUCACCACAGUGUAGGUGACGUACAAGUGUGCGUAACUGCCGUUGACGUUAGAGUACUCUCUCCUCCUUUAUUUCCAGCCCUCACACUACAACCGCCCUACACACAAAAACAUUAUAAGUUUAUAACCAAUCCCCCUCUCCCUUCACCCUUUCUCAACGGAAACGCAGAAAAAACCUCUCUCUCUCUCUCUCUCAAUCUCAAUCUCUCUGUCAAUCUUUGUACCAUGUAUCAAGCGAUUCCUUACAGUUACAGAACAUAUCCUCCGAGUAGCACCGGGCUGUCGGCACGUGAGCCACGUGAUAGGGAAGCCAGCGACGCAGCAAAUGUAGGAAAAAUGGUGUCCGAGAAUGCGGUGAUAGUGUUCGGGAGACGGGGGUGCUGCAUGUGCCACGUGGUGCGCCGGUUGCUACAAGGCCUGGGGGUGAACCCCACCGUCGCCGAGGUCGAUGAGAAGGACGAAGCUGCCGUGACAAAGGAGUUGUCGAGAAUGGUUGGCGUCGAGGAAGGACAUCUCGACGACGGUCGGUUACAGUUCCCUGCGGUUUUCGUCGGCGGAAAGUUGUUCGGCGGGUUGGAGAGAGUCAUGGCCACCCAUAUUUCCGGCGAAUUGGUCCCCAUCUUGAAGGAGGCAGGGGCUUUGUGGCUUUGACCAAAAUUGGGUUUGUUUUAAUAUUACUGUGUUUAAUUUGUUGUGCUAGCUUAUAAUUCCAUAAUUAUGCUGGGUUCCUUCAUUCUCAAGAAUUUAUGGAGGGAGGAGUACUGCAUGGAAUUUUUCUUUUUUGUUUGUUGUUAAUUAACUUGUCCCUUUGGAAUUGGAAAAGAAAGAUGUAGAUUUUAAUUUUAAAAUUUGAAUAACAAUCUUUAUC